AUGGAGACCGUGACAGUAUUGAUAAUUGGUGCAGGCCCUUCUGGUCUCGCAACAUCUGCUUGCUUAAAUCUUCUUUCAAUCCCCAACAUUGUCUUAGAAAGAGAGGAUUGUUAUGCGUCUUUGUGGAGGAAUAGGGCUUAUGAUCGCCUGAAAUUGCACCUCGCUAAGAGAUAUUGCGAGCUUCCUCACAUGCCCUACCCAUCUGAGUAUCCGACAUUCAUCCCCAGAAGUGAUUUCAUUAGCUACUUAAACGACUAUGUUUCUCACUUUAAGAUUGAACCUCGAUUCCGUAGGAACGUUGAGUCUGCUUAUUUUGAUGAUAAGGAAGGUGGAAACUGGUGUGUUCCAGCUAAAAAUCUUGAACUGGACGUGCAUGAAGUUUUCCUAGCCAAGUUUCUAGUGGUUGCUACCGGUGAAAAUAGCCAAGGCUUUAUCCCUAAUUUUCCUGGGCUUGAUAGCUUUUCUGGAGAGUUCAUUCAUUCAAGCCAGUUUGUUAAUGGUAAAAGGUUUAAAGGCAAAGAAGUUUUGGUCGUGGGUUCUGGAAAUUCUGGAAUGGAAAUCGCUUUUGAUCUAUCAAAUUAUGAUGCUCAUACUUUCAUUGUUUCUCGCAGCCCGGUCCAUAUUCUGACAAAGGAGAUGGUGUUUCUGGGGAUGUUCAUGUUGGAGUAUCUUCCCUGCAAAUUAGUAGACACCAUAGUUGUGACUCUUAGCAAGUUUAGGUAUGGAAACCUUUCAAAUUACGGGCUUGAAAGGCCAACAGAAGGUCCGUUUCAGAUUAAAGCAAGAUUGGGUCAAUCUCCGACCAUUGAUGUUGGGACAAUGGAUAAGAUUAAAAGAGGAGAGAUCAAUGUUCUUCCUGCAAUAACAAGCAUCAAAGCUAACAAAAUCAAGUUUGAAAAUGGAACCAUUGAUCAGUUUGAUGCUAUAGUUUUUGCCACUGGCUACAAAAGCACCGUCAGAAAUUGGCUUAAGGGUGGUGAAGAUCUCUUUAACGAAGAUGGAAUGCCCAGGGGAGAAUUUCCAAAUCACUGGAGAGGAGAAAAUGGACUUUACGCUGCUGGAUUUGCUAGGAGAGGACUGCAUGGGAUUUCCACGGACGCCAAGAACAUAGCUAGGGAUGUCAGUCUGUUGCUGUUGAAUCAUCACCAAAAAUUUAUUAAUAUUGAUUAA